AUGUCUGAAAUAGGACCUUUGCCUAAACCUAAACUCUCAGAGGAAGAUGCACUGGCAGCCUUCGACUCGGUGCCAUUGUUCAUGAAGGCGCUCCCAGAGGAAGACAACCUGGACCCAGCAAUGAGCGCCCUCCAGAGUUUGAUUUAUGAGGGAACACCGGAUGAAAUUGCACAAAACUUUAAAGAGCAGGGAAAUGAGUACUUCCAGGGAAAACGGUUCCGGGAAGCUGUCGGUUUCUACACGCAAGGGCUUGAUGCAAAACCAACCGAGCAGCCUAUCAUUGAGGCACUUCUAUGUAACAGGGCAGCGUGCAACUUAGAACUCCAAAACUUCGGUUCCGUACUCAGGGAUUGUUCAAAGGCCCUUGCCGCGAAUCCAAAGUGUUCGAAAGCUUAUUACAGAUCAGCACUUGCCCUCUUAUCUCUCGGACGAAUUGAAGAAGCCCUAGAUUGCUGCGAUCGAUGCCUUUCAUAUGACACAAAGAAUACUGGGAUCAAGAACGUGCAAGAACGGGCACUGAAAGCCAAAGCCGAGGCAGAACGAAAGGAGCGCGAGAAGCAAGAAAGAAUACGAAAAGAGCAAUUAGAAGUGUUCACCAUGAAAAAAGCGCUCCGGGACCGCAAUCUGAUUAUUUUCAACAAACCUGGCGGGUCUGUCAGCCCAGUCGCGCCACAUUUCGAUUCUGAAGACCCUACUGGAAAUACGCUUGUUCUGCCUGUCUUCUUUUUGUAUCCCCAAUAUGCGACCUCCGAUAUCAUUUCAGAUUUCGUGGAGGAUACCACAUUCGCGGCACAUAUAGAAGCCAUGUUCCCUCCACAAGUUCCAGCACCGGAGUGGGAUAAGAAGGGAGAAUAUGUUGCAGGAAACUUGGUCGUGUACGCACCCACGUAUCGGAAGCGUUUGCUGAAAGUCGGGAAGAAGAUGACUUUACGAGAUGUGUGUAAUGCCGCGAAAGCGAAAGAGGGUCAGCCGAUGGACGGAUUACAGAUAAAGGAUGGGUGUUUAUCGUUCGUGGUAAUGCCUAAAGGUGACGUAGAGACCAAAUGGAUUGAGGAAUUCAAGAAAACACGCGAAGAGUCUUGA